AUGUAUGACAUCUUAAACGCCUUGGACGACGAAGACUACGUUGAUGAAAGUUGUAGAGGACCGUUCGUCAUGAGAAGACUCCAGGAUGAAGAACCCCCCUCUGCCAGCAUUUUUCAAUUCUCCUCUUGCGCAGGGCGAUCUAUCAACGCUUUUUUGCCGCAGUUGGCUUGCACAAAGCGGGUGGAUGUGCCCGGGUUCAAACUGACCUUGGACAAUGAGACCAGACCAGAGUUCUUCAACCCCGAGGUCAUCUGUCGACGGGAACUGGGCCCUGCCUCCUCCUUUUGUAGGAGCAUUUACGCCUUGGGCAUACCCGGAUGUUUUGACGCUGUAUGCUCUCUGGGGUUGCUCUGCCAACUUCCGUUUGAAGGAUCUUGUCGAGUUAUCCCCGUGUACGAGAGGGCGUCUUGUGGAAAUAAAAAGUGGUGCAUUCAAGGCCAGUGUGUCCAAGACGAUAGAGCUCUCGCAACACUCGGAGACGACAUUCCAGCCUACGACAACCUCAACUUCCCCUGUGACGUCAGAUUCUGCGAGGCUUACAGCCAGUUCUCUGCUUUCAACUGCCCACUGACUUGCUCUGGCAUUUUCUCAUGCCCAACCAACUGAUGCGGGCUGCUCACUCAAUAAAGUGUACAUGUAUAUUAUCCUGUACUGAAAAAAAA